AUGCCGAAUCCACUCAUCUGGGUUGUUGCCACUGUUCUUAUUCCUGCAGCACUCGUUCGAUCGCCCCAGUUCUACCGCGGCGUCGAGCGCAUCCAUCGCAAGGUCGAAGACUACAAGCAUGGCCGCGACCCAAACGACCCUCUACGGCCCGGCGAAGCGACGCGCGAGCCAGAACACGAGGGACGAAAGGGAUUUUUCAAGUAUUUUACCGAGGAAAUGCGAAACCAGCUUCGGGGGACGCCGACGGAAGAUUUGCCGCCACACAAUAACAACAAAUCCUCGAAGCGAGAGAAAUGA